AUGCCUCACUCGUUCGGUCUCCGCGCGCGCACGCGCCACAUGUUCAAGCGCGACUUCAAGACCAAGGGCUCGAUCCCGCUGUCGACGUACCUCAAGAUCUACCGCGUCGGCGACAUUGUCGACAUCAAGGCCAACGCGGCGCAGCAGAAGGGCAUGCCCCACAAGUACUACCACGGCCGCACCGGCAUCGUGUACAACGUGACCCCGUCGUCGGUCGGCGUCAUCGUGUACAAGGUCGUCGGCAACCGCUACAUGGAGAAGCGCGUCAACCUCCGCAUCGAGCACGUCAAGCACUCCAAGUGCCGUGACGACUUCCUCAACCGCGUCAAGUCGAACGCCGAGAAGAAGAAGGAGGCCAAGGCCAAGGGCGAGCACGUCCAGCUCAAGCGCCUCCCCGUCGCGCCCCGCGAGUCGCGCACCGUGUCGACCCAGGACAACACGCCGCAAACCCUUGCGCCCAUCCCGUACGACACGACCAUCUAA